AUGAUUAUUAAAUUGGUGGUUGGAGACUGCACUCUAAACAUUGUUAGCGCCUAUGCGCCGUAUUCAGGCUUAGAUGAAGAGGCUAAACGACAUUUCUGGGAGGGGUUAGAUGAGAUUGUGCGCCAGGUUCCGCCCGCUGAGAAGCUAUUCAUUGGAGGGGAUUUCAAUGGUCAUAUUGGGUCGACCACAGGUGGUUAUGGGGAGGUACAUGGAGGCUUCAGUUUUGGGGAGAGGAACGGAGGAGGUACCUCGUUAUUGGACUUCGCUAAGGCUUUUGGGUUGGUGAUUGCGAACUCUACCUUUUCGAAGAGGGAGGAGCAUUCGAUCACUUUUCAAAAUGCGGUGGCAAAGACUCAGAUUGACUAUCUCCUCCUCAAGAAGUGUGACAGAGGGUUAUGCAAGGAUUGCAAGGUGAUUCCAGAUGAGAUAGUCACGAUGCAACAUAGACUGUUGGUGAUGGAUAUUGGUAUUAGGUUAAAGAGGAGGAAAAGCCACAAAAGAGACUGGUGGUGGAAUAAAGUGGUCAAAGGUAAGGUGGAAGUGAAGAAGGCGGCGUACCUAAAGUUAGUGGGGAACAAAAGUGAGGAUGAGAGGCGAGUUAGCAUGAAGAGGUAUAAGGUAGCUAGAAAGGAAGUUAAGUUGGCGGUCAAGGAAGCUAAGACUGCGGCUUAUGGUCGUAUGUAUGAGGAAUUGGGGGAGAAAGGUGGGGAGAAGAAGUUGUUCCGGCUGGCCAAGUUGAUAUAG